CGCACUCAACAUGGCGACAGCGCUGUUCCACCAGGGCGCUUGAGCAGCGCGCAGGCGUCAUAUUCCACUCCAGUCAUGGCGGCCCCGGGACAGGCGGUAGGCAGCGGGGCUGUGGAGACGUGCGGUCUGGACCAGAUUCUGGAAGGGUUGAAAUUGCUGUUGAGCCCGGGAGGAUCAGGCUCAAGUUCCUUACAGAUUACAAAGCAUGAUAUCUUAUUGGCUACUUUAAAAUCUAAUCUGUCUGCCUUGGAGGAUAAACUUCUGAAGGAUCCUCAGUGGAAGAAAUUGAAACUACUAAGAGAUGAAAUUGUUAAUAAGGCAGAAUGGCCACAAAACUCUGUGGACAUCACUUGGAGUUUUACCUCUCAAGCCUUGUUGUUGCUGUUGUGCUUGAAGGAAACCAUGAUCCGCCUUGCAGCUGCCUUCAAUCCAGGUAAACCCAACCCUAGGACUCCAGAAGUCGCUCCUGCCCUAAGCCCUGAUACACUUAGUAUCUCACAACAGAAGAUGGUCCAGUCCAUUUUACAAUUUGUAGUCAUUUGGGGUGUCUGUCCCUAUCUGAUGCCUGGUGUUGGAGUUCCUUUGAGAUAUAGGACUGAGUUUGGUGCCGUUGUUCAAGACGUCGUGCGUUUGGAUGUUGCUCCCCAUGCAACCCGGAGACUGUAUACCAGCUGCAAGGCCCUCCUCAGUGUUGGGCAGCACAAAUCUCUUGGGAGCUUGAUUUUCUGUCGCCACUUUGGGGAUAUCGCAGCAGGUCUGUGCCAGCUGGGAUUCUGCCCAACCAAAAAACCACUAACACCCAUGGAAGAGGUUUUAACUGAAGAGGAAAGGACUGUAUCCAGGGGGGCCUUGAGAGACCUCUUGGAUCAAGUGUAUCAACCAUUGGCUGUCCGUGAAUUACUUAUCCUCCAGGGAGGACCUCCCCAGUCCUGCACAGAUGUGAAGACACAGCUUAGAUGUCGGGCCCCAGCUUGGCUUCGGCGUCUGUGUGGGCAGCUGCUCUCAGAAAGGUUAAUGAGACCCAGUGGUGUUCAGGCAGUAGUCCGGGGCAUUUUGGAAGGAGCAGGCGCUGGAGCAGCUGGCGGAAGUGAUGCUGAGGCAACAGCUGCUGACUGGAAGAAGUGUGACUUGAUUGCAAAGAUUCUGGCCGCAUGUCCCCAGCAGUCUCUUUCACCAGAGAGUUACUACAGGAACAUCUGUCCCCAGAUUUUGGAUUUAUUUCAUUUUCAAGAUAAAUUGACAGUACAGCAAUUUCAAAGAGUCUCUACCACUACCUUUAUAACUAUGUCGAGAGAACAGCCACAACUGGCAGCAAAGUAUUUGCUUCAGCCAAUGUUAGCUCCUCUUCAUCGAUGUUUGAAUACAGCAGAGGUUCCAGAGAAUGAUAUAGUACCAGGAACCAUUUUGGUGUCAGAAGAAGAACUUAGUAGAUGUAUUGAAGAUGUGUUUAAGGUAUAUGUGGUCGGGAAUGAGCCUCUAACAGUGUUGCUGGAUUCCCUGCUUCCGGUCCUGGGAGUGCUCUUUUCUCUCUACUGUUUUACCAAGCAGAGUGUGUCUCAUAUAAGGUCAUUUUGCCAAGAGAUCUUAUUAUGGAUUCUGGAAAAACUGGAAAGGAGGAAGGCAAUUUCCAGCCUGAAAGGCUUUGCAGGAUUGGACAAAGCUAUACCCUCUCUCCAUUCUCUCUGUCAGUUUAGAGCUGCCACCCAAGGUGGCAUUAUGAUUACAGUUAAAGAGGCUAUUAGUGAUGAAGAUGAAGAUGAAACCCUGUACCAAAAACUGUCCUCAGAGCAGAGCCAGGUGGAGCAUCUUGGGGACUUGCUGUCUCAUUGCCAGGAGUGUGGUUUGGCAGGCGACUUCUUCAUCUUCUGUUUGAAGGAGUUGACUCAUCUGGCUAUGGAAAGUGAAACAGAGUUAAAACCUAAGCCCUUCUCCAGCAAAAGCCUCUUGGAAUUAGAGCAACAUCAUGCAAUUCUUGUGGAAAGCCAGGAACGGAAGCUGCUAGUGCUGCAGCUGCUGGCUGUUCUGUGUGAGAGAAUGUCUGAGCAGAUAUUCACAAACAUCACUCAGGUAGUAGACUUUGUAGUGGCGACACUGCAGAGAGCAUGUGUAAGCCUGGCUCAUGAGGCAGAGAGCACUGUGGAAUCGCAGACACUGAGCAUGUCCAUGGGGCUGGUGGCGGUCAUGCUAGGAGGAGCUGUUCAGUUGAAGUCAAGUGAUUUUGUGGUCCUGAAGCAAUUGCUGCCUCUGUUGGAGAAGGUCUCCAACACGUACCCUGACCCUGUGAUCCAAGAACUUGCUGCUGACCUCCGUAUCACUAUCUCUACCCAUGGAGCCUUUUCCACUGAGACUGUCACCGUGGCUGCCCAGAGCACCCUGAAGAAAAAAGAUACAGAAGGGAAAAUAGGAGAGCAACAAAUUAGUUGUAAUAGAUACACAGAGGUAGCUCAGAGCCACCUUGAACAACAGCUAAGCUGUGAGCAAUCCUCCCAAACAGGCCAGGAGUCUAAUGCUGCAUUUAUUCCUAUGGGGAUCAAUGAGCCCAGUACUACUGCAAACCAGCAAUCUGGAAGUAUAACUACAGGACAGUUCCAAGAAGUUCUUUUAUCAGCUUAUGAUCCUCAGAUUCCAGCACGAGCUGCUGCCUUGCGCACUCUUUCUUGCUGGGUAGAGCAAAGAGAAGCAAAAGCCCUUGAGAGCCAAGAGCAGCUUCUCAAGAUAUUUUUGGAGAACUUGGAACAUGAAGAUUCUUUUGUAUAUCUGUCUGCAAUUCAGGGAGUUGCCCUGCUCUCAGAUGUGUACCCUGAGAAAAUUUUGGUUGAUCUUCUGGCUCAGUAUGAUAGCGGCAAAGAUAAAUACACACCAGAAAUCAGAAUGAAAGUUGGGGAAGUCCUAAUGCGAAUUGUCAGGGCAUUAGGGGACAUGGUUUCAAAGUACAGAGAACCUUUGAUCCACACCUUCCUGAGAGGAGUGAAAGAUCCAGAUGGUAUGCACAGGGCCAGCAGCUUAGCCAACCUGGGAGAACUGUGCCAACAUCUGGACUUCCUGCUGGGUCCUGUGAUCCAUGAGGUGACAACUUGCCUGAUUGCUGUGGCUAAAACUGACCAUGAAGUUCAAGUGCGCAGAGCUGCCAUCCACGUGAUCGUGCUGCUGCUUCGGGGACUCAGUCAGAAAGCUACUGAGGUGCUGAGAGAUGUCCUCAAGGAUCUCUACCACCUGUUGAAGCACGUGGUGCGUUUGGAGUCUGAUGAUGUGGCCAAGCUCCAUGCCCAGCUGGCCCUGGAGGAACUGGAUGAGAUCAUGAGAAACUUCUUGUUCCCACCACAGAAGCUGGAGAAAAAGAUCAUGGUCUUGCCAUAGACCUGACUCAAGGCCAGGAAGGAGCAAGGAGCAAGCAGCCAGAGCAAUGCCUAAGUUUUCCAGCAGGUGGCCUUACUGCCUCUUUGACACUAGCAAUAUGGCUGACCUUGAGAUGACACUGAUUACUUGGGUCUUCAGGCUAACUGUCCUAAAGCAUCUAGUUAGUCAUCUUGCACCCAGCCUGAAGCAUGUGCCAUUAAAAGAAAAAAUAUUACAAAUCUCA